AUGGGAUUGAAUCUACAAGAGGACUUGAGCAAGAUCCUUGACUCGUUUCAGUAUACGCAGCCCACCGAUAUGGACCACGCGCUGGCGAAGCUGGUGAAGGACCCGAUGACGAGUGAACAGAUACACUCGAUGUACUCCACAAUGGCUUUCAAGUCGAUGCCAGAGGCGAAGAGGGUGAAGAACUUUUCCUGGCGGCUGUCGUCGCUGAGCUCUGCGAAGCACAUGACCAAAGUGUCGAAGAGAGCUGCUGACCAGAAGAAGCAGGCGCUGAAGAAGAAGGUUGUGGAUCAGGUUGUGGGACGGUUAGAGGGUGAGUCGGAGAAGAAGAAUAACAGCAAGGUACUGGAUACAAAUAUGGAGGAGUUUGACUACGUGGCACACAUCCGUAGAAUAUCACAGGAUGAGUACUACCAGCAACCACAGGUGAGCAUUCCAGCGGUUCAGGCGUCGUUUGCCUCUUCGUUCAGCAAGACACAAUCGGCAACGUCGAGAUUGUCGUCUUCACUGUCAAACAUAAAGCUUUUAGAGCAGCAGAGGCAGAGACCGCACGAUCAGCGGGAUAAGACGAUCUCCUGCUCGAACUGCUCCACAACGUCAACACCUCUAUGGAGACGCUCCUCGAACGGCGAGGUGCUCUGCAAUGCCUGUGGACUGUUUUACAAGCUACAUGGGGUUAUCAGACCCGUUUCAAACAAGCAGACGCUGGCCAAUCAGAAACUACAGCAACUACAGCAACAUCAAGCACAACAACAGUCACAGCAACCACAAUCCAACAUCUUCUCAUCGAACGCACUGUCACCAUAUACAAACUCGACGGUAGCAACACCAUACUCCAAAGCUUCCACCAAUACACCACAUCAGAGUCACUGCAUGACGGUGACGAGCAGCGAACUCAGCUCAUCUCUACCUGGACUCAUGGGUAACAACAAAUCUCACUCUGUAUCCAGUGUCAGCGAGCCAGACAUUGCAAUGGAUGACUUUUUGGAUUUCAACGGCGCAGUCAGUCUGGACCUGGAUAUGGGGCCUCUGCUUACGGAUCCCUCUAACCAACCAUGGAACUUGAAUUUGAAAAGUCCAUCGACGUCUGGCACCCAGAUGCCACGCCAUGACCUAGAUACUACAAACAUAGAGGGAACCAAGGACAACUAUGACUGGCUGAAGAUGGAGUUUUGA